UUCUGAGCUACCUUGUUUCUUCCUAAUUGCUUUCUUAGUCCACUUCACCGUGGCGUUGGAAGCUGUGUCAAUGGGCAGCUCAUUUCCGCGCGCUGACCCGGCAAUCAGCUGUAACUCAGCCACUCCGAUAAUUCUGACAGGUCAGACCAUUAGCGCCACUUCAGAUGUGAAAAGCUCUACAGCAAACCAAUCUACCACCUGGAGACACGUGUACCGUGUUAAUCUGUGUUUGAUUAAUGAAUAUCCGUGGGGACCUGCAAAGAAAUCACCGUUAUUCAUAUCCAGGAGCGCGAUUAAGAAGGAGGCGGACCGCGCGCGCACACAGGAAGGCCACUGCGCGGUCACGGCAGUAUCGCAAUCUUCACUAAUGCCCCAGCCGCUGUCAGCUACCUUCGUUUUCUUUCUUUUCAUUUUCUUUCCUUUCCUCUCUCUGGUGAUCACUUCAGCUUUAGUUCAUUUUAAUGUCCGUUUCGUUUUUUUUUUUUUUUGAUAUUCUUCUGAAAUCAAACAAUGAACUGAACAGAUAAUCAUUCUAGGGAUUCUACUACAUUUCUGGCCUUUUGCCAUAGUGGUGUAAGUUUCUGUCAGUAUUUUUACUCUAAAUAUUUUAUACAGUCAUUUAGGAUGUUACACAUAAUAGACUAUUCAAUUGAUUUAUCAAUGGUUGAAGUGGAACAAGAUGGCGCUUCAUCUGUAUCCCUAUAAUGCAUAAAUUCCUGUAUUAGCCCACUGUUUAAUUGCAAAUAACUUUUUAACAUCACUGCUGCUAUCAUAUAAAUACAAAAUAUUUGUAUUUAUAUAUCGCUGACGAUCCAUUCAAAAGGCUUGAACUGGCAAGCUGUUUUUAUCCCUCUUCCGGCGCUCGGUCGGCUGCGCGGUCCACCCUGUACUGGGAGCUGUCCGUGGUGCUUAAAUCCCGUGCACUCCGCUUCCAAUUCUCUCAUAAGUACAGGUAUGAGAGGGUUAAAAUUUCUAACGGACGAAUCAUGCGGCAUAGUUUACUCUGAUUUUUUUUUUCACCAACCAAUUUCGACCUCCAUCUGACAUCAGAAACAGAAAAAAAAAUCAAAAUGUGACGUAACCGCGCGUUUACGAAUGAAGUUUAAUGGUACCGUUGUAAAUUAAUUAUAUUUGAAUGAAUUACGAUCUGCUCUCGUGAUCAGAUGGGAUAUAUAGCGAAGAGUAGAGGAAGUGGUCGCUGAAGAAAUUCUCACAACGAAGGAAUUAAAGAGAAUUUUUAUACUUUUCUUUUGCAUUUCCCUGUACGCGCUGUGUAGCACAAACUGCCCAUCGCAACAACGAAACUCUGCAACUAGCGCAGGACAGUAUGAUGUCAUUUAUGAGAAGCCUGCUGGUGUUCGCUGUCUUGUGCGCCCCGACCACCGGGCUCUGCUUCAAACUCUACGAGAGCGAAUCGACGUUGCUGUGUAACAACGAGAUUCUCUCGGAGGCCAGGAAGAGUGAGCUACCGAGCGUCCCGACACCGGACGAACGGGGUUUCCUGUACCUACCAGGAGAUACGCUGUCCUCGGCAGAGUCCCGACAGAAAAGGACGUUUCCCGCUUUGAGCAGCAACUACUUAACCCAGACGCAGCUGAGGGGCAAGAUGUUCCAGAACAGUGCGAAGAAUGACCGGCGGAGCAAGCUGACCCUCUCGCUCGACGUCCCUACGAACAUCAUGAACAUUCUCUUUGACAUCGCCAAGGCCAAACACCUGCGCGCAAAGGCUGAAGACAACGCGCGUUUGAUGGCACAGAUUGGAAAACGGAAGUAGAGAAGGACUUCACUGUAAUUGCGUGAAGUGCAUUGUUGUUAAUUUUGUGCAUUCAUGUUCUGAACUACGCACACAAUUUUAAUAUUCCCGCUUAACAUACAUGAGAAUAUUGAUUUCACAGAGUGCAUGUUGAUGCCUCUCACGAGAGAAUGACUGUAUUACAGCUAUCUCCAUUUGUCCAUUUGCACUGAGAGCAAAAAAUGUGUAAUGUAAAACAACUGAGUAUGAAUUAAAAUUAGCCAUGAUUAAUUGAAGUUGGGUCAGUUACUGGAAGCUAUAGUGUUGGUUUGGAGGGGGCGCUGUGUUCAUACGGUCUGGGCUCCGAACGUUUCUGGUAGCGGGCUGUUGGCAUUGUUCGUUUCUGCCUCGUUCUUAUGUCUGACAGAUCACACAGACAAAACUGUAUGUUUUUGUACAUCACUGGUGUAAUAGUAGGCCUAACACUGAUAGUAAGAGUGAUACUAAUAGUGCUCAUAUCUAACACCAGACUGCUAGCCUAAGUAGACUAGAGAAGGACUAGAUUAAUAACUGCGUACUGACGUGUUCGAGGACAGCUAUCACAACA